AUGGUCAGCUCCUGUUGUGGCUCUGUCUGCUCUGACCAGGGCUGUGGCCUGGAGAACUGCUGCAGCCCCAGCUGCUGCCAGACCACCUGCUGCAGGCCCCAGUGCUGCCAGUCUGUGUGCUGCCAGCCCACCUGCUGCCGCCGCUGCUGUCAGACCACCUGCUGCAGGACCACCUGCUGCCGCCCCAACUGCUGUGUGUCCAGCUGCUGCAGACCCCAGUGCUGCCAGUCUGUGUGCUGCCAGCCCACCUGCUGCCGCCCCAGCUGCUGUCAGACCACCUGCUGCAGGACCACCUGCUGCCGCCCCAGCUGCUGUGUGUCCAGCUGCUGCAGGCCCCAGUGCUGCCAGUUUGUAUGCUGCCAGCCCACCUGCUGCCGCCCCAGCUGCUGCCAGACCACCUGCUGCCGCCCCAGCUGCUGUGUGUCCAGCUGCUGCAGACCCCAGUGCUGCCAGUCUGUAUGCUGCCAGCCCACCUGCUGCCAGACCACCUGCUGCAGGACCAACUGCUACCGCCCCAGCUGCUGUGUGUCCACCUACUGCCGCCCAACCUGCUCUAGUGGCUCUUGCUGCUGA